CUCCCAGGAAGUGACGUAGGCGGAGCAGUAAUGGCGGCUCACAGUUCGCUCCUGGAUGUUUGUGUCAGUAGCGCUUACUGACGCGGUGUCUCCGGACUCUCCAUCUGCGCUUUUAUCUACACGCUUUGGAAUGAAGGCCAAUCUUUUUGUACCAGUUAUUUUAUCAAUUAUUGGAGUUUUUAUUCGCUUCCACGGGCGAAUUGUCCAAGGGCUUGCUAGCUUAGCUUAGCUUUGCUAGGUGGCAAAUAGAAAACAAAUUAGCCUAGCAUGCUAAGCUAACAGAGUGGAGGCAGGUUUCCUCAGUUUGCCCUGUGAGCUUGUUGGCCAGCAGCUGUAGGAGUGUGUGUGCAUAGUGCAGUGGGACACAAACACACACCGGUGGUGUUAGGACUGGACUUUAACGCGCUCCUUUUGGGAGCUGAUCGUUCUGAAGCAGUCGCUGUGGCAGCGGGAGAGCGGCUAACAGACCAGGGGCAGAGCUAGCGGUGAGGUGUUUGGUCCAGCAUGCUGAAGACGAGACAGUGUUUACUCGGACUCCGAACUUUCCUCGGAGUGGCGUCCAGGAUCUGGGGCUUCAUCCUGUAUAUCCUCAGGAAACACCUUCGCACGAUAAUUCAGUACCAGACAGUGCGCUAUGACACACUUCCUCUCUCUCCUGCAUCCAGAAACAGACUCCAUGCAGUGAAGAGGAAGAUCUUGGUUCUAGAUCUGGAUGAGACUUUGAUUCACUCUCACCAUGACGGGGUGCUGAGACCUACAGUCCGACCCGGAACGCCACCAGACUUCAUCCUCAAGGUGGUCAUAGAUAAACACCCGGUGAGGUUUUUUGUGCAUAAAAGGCCACAUGUCGACUUUUUCUUAGAAGUGGUGAGUCAGUGGUACGAGUUGGUGGUGUUCACAGCCAGUAUGGAGAUUUAUGGCUCUGCUGUAGCAGACAAACUCGACAACAACAGAGGAAUCCUCAAGCGCAGAUAUUACAGACAGCACUGUACGCUGGAUUUGGGCAGUUACAUCAAGGAUCUAUCAGUAGUGCACAAUGACCUGUCCAGUAUAGUGAUCCUGGAUAACUCACCUGGAGCAUAUCGCAGCCAUCCAGAUAAUGCAAUACCUAUAAAGUCGUGGUUUAGUGACCCAAGUGACACGGCCCUGCUGAACCUGCUGCCAAUGCUGGACGCUCUGAGGUUUACCUCUGAUGUACGCUCAGUUCUCAGCCGUAAUCUUCACCAGCAUCGUCUCUGGUGAUGUUUUCAACUCCUCUGUUAAACUCUCCACUGCUGGAAGCGUCUGUCUUUCUGUCAGGUGACUUGUGAUGUCAUUGAACUCCAACAACUGGACUGAAGGGGGAGAGAGAAAGAGGGAAAGAGAGAGAGAAAAGAGAAAGACACAGACACUGAACUGGAGCAGAGAGACAGGUGUCACACUCUCCUCUCAUUGACUUUGUCCUGUUUGGAUCUUGCCUUACAGCCGAACGGGCCUGUGACAGAUGGAGGGAUUUUUACACUCCUCCUUUAUUUCCUAACAUUGUUCUCUAAAGAGAUUGAAAUUUCUGGAUAAAAUAGGGCAUCCGAUAUAUUUCUAAAACUUUUCCCUCCUGUUCUUUUAUUUCUGUCUUUUUUACUUUCUUUGUCUCUCAUAAAGCACUUAUUCAUCUUUUCUCAUUUAUGCUCUCACUCUCUCUCGCCCUCUCUCUCUCUCUCACUUGCUCCCUCACUCUCUUGCCCUCUUUUUCUUUUAUUUAUUUAAAGUCUUCAGUGCAUGACAGAGCAGUGAACCCUCUCUACUCAGUGUGCACUCUGUAGUGAGCAGGGUUAGGAUUAUAGGAGUUUAGUUCUGUAGCUGGAGGUGGAGAGACACGCAGCAGCUCAGAACUCAGUAUUCAGGAAACUGGUCACAUCUUGAACAGAAGACCAAUCUCACACUUCUUUCUGUUUUUCUCUCCUUCCUUGUUUGCCCUCCUGUCAGUGUCGGUAUGAGAGUGAUGAGCUGAGCUGAGACUCAGAGACACUCACAGCAGCAGCAGCGUAUUCAUUUCACCUGCACAACGUCUGCUGACCUGUUUGUGGGAAUAGAACCAGUCCAUGACAAUACACUGUUUAAUUCUUAUUUAAUUUUUAUUUUAUCCUGAAACAUGACUGUGCAUCACGGUGAUGGAGCUGCAUGGAUUCUGGACACCUUCAUAACUGGAAGUAUUCUGAUUGUGUGUGGAGUCUAAACCUGGACGUACUUUUUGUCUCCUGUUCAUAUUUUUAUACCAUGAACUGAUUUGAUUGACUUGAUAAGGAAAGGAAACUCUCUCUCAUCCUCCUUGUUUUCUUUCUUCAUGAAUUCUGUCUCAUAUUCAUGUAUACCAUACAGGACCUGCUCUCUGCCCAUGUGAACAAUAGAACAGUGUAAGGUGUGUGUGUGUGUGUGUGUGUGUGUGUGUGCACACAUCCUCAGGUCUGUGUGUUUCCAAUAAAACUCUUGUCAGCA